AAGAGGAGGAGGAGGAUGUGGCGCGCGGAGGGGAAAUGGCUGCCGAAAACAAGCCGGAAGGACUGAAGAAAAUCCGUAAUCCGGAUCGAAUGUACAGAUCAGCUGUGUGUUAUUCGGCCCAUGCUCUUCCUAAGAGUGUCAGUGAAGACACAGAGACGAACAAUGAACAUGGACAUUUGAAAAUAUACCUGCCCAAAAAGCUGCUUGAAUGUCUACCAAAAUGCUCCACGUUGCCAAAAGAGAGACACAGGUGGAACACCAAUGAGGAAAUUGCAGCAUACUUGAUAACAUUUGAAAAGCAUGAAGAAUGGUUGACAACAUCCCCUAAAACAAGGCCACAGAAUGGGUCGAUGAUCCUCUACAAUAGGAAGAAGGUGAAGUACAGAAAGGACGGCUACUGCUGGAAAAAAAGGAAAGAUGGGAAGACCACGCGGGAGGAUCACAUGAAGCUCAAAGUACAAGGAGUGGAGUGUCUGUACGGCUGUUACGUCCACUCCUCCAUCAUCCCCACCUUCCACCGCAGGUGCUACUGGCUUUUACAGAACCCAGACAUUGUCCUGGUCCACUACCUGAAUGUGCCAGCUAUCGAGGAUUGUGGGAAGCCAUGUGGGCCCAUCCUGUGCUCCAUCAAUACAGACAAGAAAGAAUGGGCCAAAUGGACGAAGGAGGAACUCAUUGGCCAGCUGAAACCCAUGUUUCAUGGCAUCAAGUGGACUUGCAGCAAUGGGAACAGCAGCUCUGGCUUCUCUGUGGAGCAGCUGGUGCAGCAGAUACUGGACAGCCACCAGACCAAGCCUCCUCCCCGGACUCACAACUGCCUCUGCACUGGCACUCUGGGUGCUGGGAGCAGUGUGCAUCAUAAGUGUAACAGCGCCAAACACCGCAUUAUCUCUCCCAAAGUGGACCCUCGUUCAGGUGGUUACAGCAGAACCCACUCUGAGCUCCAGAAUAAUGAUGUGUCUGAGGGCAAGACAGAACACAGCCACAGCAGCAAAAACAGCGGAGGAACAGGAGGAGGAAGCGUACGUGAAAAACGCAAUGGCAAGGUCCAUAAACCUGUGCUGCUGCACCAGAACAGCACUGAGGUCUCCUCUACCAAUCAGGUGGAAGUGCCAGACACGACCCAGAAUUCCCCUGUGUCCAUCAGCAGCGGGCUGAAUUCUGACCCCGACAUGGCUGACAGCCCAGCGGUCACAGGCAUGGGCCAUGUUGCCUCUGUUAUGAGCAGCCUAUCCCAGAGUGUCUUCAUGUCUGAGGUGACUGGGGAUCCCGUCUACAGCAUGUCCCCUACUGGAGGCCACAAUACCCAUAUUAUGGGCCCCGACGCCACCUCUCACAGUCUGGUCUUAGGAGUCACCUCUGACAGCCACAAGUUUGCUUUUCCAGGAAGCGGCAAUGCAGAUACAGGUGGUCCCGGAGCAGAUGGGCUGUCCAUGCUCUCUGCCUCCGGCGUCUCUGACGAGCUUGUCCUCUCCAACAGCCUAGACUCCAGCAGCAUCAAAAUCCCAGAAGCCACCAUGAACUUUGACCCCGACUGCUUCCUGAACAACCCGAAGCAGGGCCAGACAUAUGGGGGAAGUGGAUUAAAGCAGGAGAAUGGCACAUCCAGUGCCUCAUCCUCCUCAACAGUUAGCACCAAUGGUUUGCAACGCUCGCCAACUAUAUCCGAUUCAAACUACGGCUUCAGUUCUGCACUGGUAAAGAACAUCAAGACCGAGGACACCUCCUUCGAGCAACAGCUUGCCAAAGAAGGGAGAUACCAAGUGGGGCCAGUUGUAAGCUGUAGCGUUUCCAGCGGCUCAGGCUCCCAGAACUCACUCACAUUGACCCCUGCUUCCUCUCUGCUUCCCUCUGGAGGGGGCCUGAGUCCAAGCACCACCUUGGAGCAGAUGGAUUUCAGUGCCAUCGAUGCGAAGCAGGACUACUCCGCCGGUGCCACAGCAGUAAGUUAUAGCCAUGCAUUGAACAACCUAGCUCACCAAAACCGAUCUCCAAGCUUUUUUCUUCAAGAAGCACCACAGACAGCCCAGAACCAGCAAGGCCGGCAGAGCUCCAGCCAGAAGGGCCACCUUCUGGAACAUAAUACCGCUGACGGAGCCUACAUGGGUCUGCAGGUUGUAAAGACAGAAUCACCUGGCAGUAAUGGUCAUCUCCACCACCAUCACACCCACCAGGGCCAACACAGACCCAACUGCAAUGGAGGCUCACCCACCGAGGGACAAGGACAGACUGGCUCACUGCAACUCCUUCAAUACCAAGGAGGUUUCCCAGGACUUGGUCCAGAGCAUGAGGAAGUGGUCGGCAUGGAUCAGAACCGCAAUGUUGGGUCCGGCCAGUCUGGGGCCACUGAAAAUGGGACAGAUGGUUUACUAAAGUCUGGGAAUCAUCUACAAGCCUGCGGAGGAGGAAGCAGAGAGAGCGGAGGAGCAGAUCACUUCAUGCAGCAGAGCUCUGAGAACAGAGCCGGAGCUGAGGCCGUGGCUUUGAGGAAUGGAAACACCACGGGUGGGCCCAACAGCGGCUCGCAACAGCAACUCCAGCCACUGCUUCAGGGAGCUAAUUUGGUUCAGGGGCUCUACAACACUCACCACGGGCUUAGUGGGGCUGGAGCCAAUGGCAGAGGAGGCACGGGCAUGGAAAUCAGCUUGGAUCAUUUUGACAUCUCUUUUGGAAACCAGUUUUCUGACCUCAUCAACGAUUUCAUCUCAGUGGACAGCGGAGCCACAGCGGUAGGGGCUGCAGGGACGUUAUACACCCACCAGUUGGUGGCCCCGCCUGGGUCGGAAGGAGCGGCCACCUCAGGUGGGAACCAACAGCAAGGUCAUGAGGAUGCAGCCAACAGGGUGGCAGGAUAUAGCCCCUCAGAGCUUUGCCUCCAGUCGUGCUGCAGCCCCCAGUCUUUAGGUGGAGGUGCUGGUGCUGGCAUAAGGUCAGGAGAGACAGGCUCACUGGCCUACAUGCAUGUCGCUGAAGUAGUGUCAGCAGCAGUGGCCCAGGGCACUCUGGGAAUGUUGCAGGCCACUGGGCGACUUUUCAUGGUCACUGACUACUCUCCAGAGUGGUCCUACCCAGAGGGUGGUGUGAAGGUUUUAAUCACAGGGCCAUGGCAAGAAGACAGCAGCAGCUACACUUGCCUGUUUGAUCAGAUCUCUGUCCCUGCCUCCCUGAUUCAGCCUGGAGUUUUACGUUGCUACUGUCCCGCCCAUGACACAGGCUUGGUGACUCUGCAGGUGGCUGUCAGUAAUCAAAUCAUCUCUAACUCGGUUGUGUUUGAGUAUAAAGCCCGUGCACUGCCCUCCCUACCUUCAUCCCAGCAUGACUGGCUGUCACUUGACGAUAACCAGUUCAGAAUGUCCAUCCUGGAGCGGCUGGAACAGAUGGAGCGCAGGAUGGCUGAGAUGGCUGGUCAGCAGCAGCAGGGCAGCGGAGGAACAGCAGGGACUGGAGGGGGAGGAGGAGGAGGAAACGGAGGCUCUAAUAGCCAGUCUCAGUGUAUCUCGGGACAAGCAGGAAGCUCUUUUGAGAGUCGUGUGGUUGUUGUUUGUGAGAAGAUGAUGAACAGAGCCUGCUGGGCCAAAUCUAAACAUCUGAUUCACUCCAAGACCUUCCGGGGCAUGACCUUGCUACACCUUGCUGCAGGCCAAGGCUACGCCACCCUCAUCCAGACUCUCAUCAAAUGGCGCACGAAGCAUGCAGACAGCAUUGAUCUGGAACUUGAGGUGGACCCUCUCAACGUGGAUCACUUCUCUUGUACUCCACUGAUGUGGGCUUGUGCAUUGGGUCACCUAGAGGCAGCUGUGGUCUUGUACAAGUGGGACCGGAGAGCACUGGCCAUCCCAGACUCUCUAGGGCGCCUGCCCCUCUCCAUCGCCCGCUCCCGUGGCCACACCAAGCUGGCAGAAUGUCUGGAGCAGCUCCAGAGGGAGGAACAGCAGCAGCAGCAGACCCCAUCCUCUUUACCCCCCACCUCUAGCAUGUCUUUCUCUCCCAACCCCGACAUCCCCACCUCCAACAGCUGGAUGGUCAGCUGGAGCAGUGACAGUAUGGUGGCCCCCUGCGGGCAGAACACUGGUACAGCCACCACUACUACAAUCCCUUGCACCAACCAGAACCCUGAUUUGAGAAGACCGAGAUCAGAGCCCUCCAGCUAUUACAGCAACGAGUGCCAGCGGGACAUCCCCCUCGCCAAAAAACACAAGCCCAACCCCGAGCUCGUGCAAGCACAGCUGGAUAAACCCAUGUCGGUUCCCUUGAACAUGGAGCAGCAGACACAUAAACUGUCAACCAGCCCUAAGACCCUUCCUUCCACCCCACCCAGCCCGGAUAAGAGCGUCUCAGAGGAGGGUUUGGGGACAGUGGGUAUCCCGCAAGCCAAGAUGGCCUCUUACCGCGGAGGGCAUAAAUGGGGCACUAGAGAAGUGCCCAGGAAGGGGGGCAUCAGUGGGGUAGGGAAGGAGAAGUUGGCCAGCCGGUUGCGACAGCGUGGCGAAUCCCUCAGCAUGCUGGGAAUGGUGGAGAGAGAGAUGGUAGACACUGAGAUACUUUCUUACAAGGAGGAUCUAGAGAACCAGGACUGCCUCUCGCACAUGGAAGACCUACAGGCGAAUAUGAUGAGCCUGGCAGAGCACAUCAUUGAGGCCACUCCGGAGCGUAUCAAGCGGGAACAUUUACCAACCGUGGAGUCUGUUCCUCUGGACAACAGUGGGCUCACCAACACCAUGAGCUGGCUAGCCAGUUACCUGGGAGACGUGGAACACUUGCCCAGCAUCAUCCACUUGAGUCCCAUAUACAGUGAACCCCUGACCCCUCCCUCCAACCCUAUCCUGAGCCCGGGUAACUCACCCAUGUGUGAGGGUCAGUUUGAGAAGCCGACCUUGCCUGCUCCGUCCGAGUGGAGUGAGUUUCUCAGAGCCUCCAACAGCAAAGUGGAGAGAGAGCUAGCCCAGCUCACGCUGUCCGACCCUGAGCAGAGGGAGCUCUACGAAGCCGCACGGCUGGUGCAGACCGCUUUCCGCAAGUACAAGGGACGCCCACUGCGCGAGCAACAGGAAGUAGCCACCGCUGUCAUUCAGCGCUGUUACAGGAAGUACAAGCAGCUAACAUGGAUAGCCUUGAAGUAUGCACUUUAUAAGAAGAUGACGCAGGCCGCCAUCCUUAUCCAGAGUAGGUUCCGCAGCUACCACGAGCAGAAGAAGUUCCAGCAGAGCCGGCGGGCGGCCGUGCUGAUCCAGCAGUGCUACCGCAGCUACAGAGUGUUCGGCCGGCUGAGGCCUCACCGCAGAGCGGCCACCGCCGCUCUGGUCCAGCACAAACUCAGAAGCAGUCUUCUAACUAAGAGGCAGGAUCAGGCCGCCCGCAAGAUCAUGAGGUUCCUCCGCCGCUGCCGCCACAGCCCCUUGAUGGACCAUAGACUAUUCAAGCGGAGUGAGAGAAUUGAGAAAGGCCAGGGAACAUGAGAGCGUCCAGAAGAGCCCCCUCACAAUGUGACAUUACUCUCCAGACUCUUCCUUUCAGUUUUUCUGUUUCAACCAGAGAUGUUUUACAAGAGGAAAAAAAAUAGCAAGAACACUGCAACUCUUACUACUACUGUAUGACUGAUACUUCGGCUACUAAACAACUGCGUUUUUUCAUAUCUCUUUAUUCCUUCUAUGUUUAUUUUAUGAAGGAAAGAGCCAACUGCUGUGGAUCAAAAACUCUAAGGACGUUGUUUAAGGAGAAACAACAUUUGCUUCAUGGCAUUUUUUGCACUUUUUAAUGGAUUGAUUUGUCAUUUUGGAUGAGCAUUAAAAUGUUUUGUUUGAAAAAAGGGAAAAAAAGGAUGGAUGGAAGUCCUGCUCUUCAGUGGCUUGUAAAGAGAAGAUAAAUGAAGUGAGAAAGAAAGAGAGAAGAUGACAAAAUAUGGAGUCGACACAGAAACAUGUUCCGACUGUAUUUCAUAGUUUUCAAAAGAAGUGUUUAGUGAGUAAAAUUGUUACCAAAAAUGAUGAAUAAUUCAUGAAUUAGUUUUUGUACAUGCUUUACUCCACAACCAGACAAAUUCGUCAGAAACUUCUUCCAGUCUGUCCCUUACGCUUACGAAUGUAAGAGGGAAACGAGGCUUGGGUGACAUGUCAAAUGCUGAUGUUGAUCUGCUAAAAAGAUGUGUGAAAAACACAUACAAUUUUAACAAACAACUAUUUUCAAAUUGAUGAUAUUCUGCCAGUUCAAAGUUAGCGAGACAUCACAGUGCAGUGGAUCGCUCCAGGCAGAUCUUGUCUUAUGCAUGCUUGAAACUAGGCCGCAGUCUUUUCAUUGUUUUGUUUUUAACUCCAUGAAUGUACUGGAGACACCAAAUGUCAUCACCUCUGCCCAUCAUUUACUAUUGGCAAGUUUGUAACGUUUUCUUUUGUUAAUCCAAUGAAACAGUCACUUUGUUCAGUUGAAAAUCAACUUCAGAGGUUUUCUAAGCUCUUUAAAGGAAAAUGACAUGCAUUGCCUUGAUAUCUUUGACAUACUUUGAAGGGUCUCCACACCUGGGGUUAGACAAAUCCAUAUUUUUGGCAAUUGAGCGGUUCCUGUACAUAAAGAGGGUUGCCGGUACGCAAAGUAAAACAUUUAUCUAAGCGGGAUUGUAUUUUAGAAAUAUAUUAUUUUACUCAUUGAAAGGGAUCAAAACAGAUUAGCGUCAAAAUCAGAAUAUUUGUAUAGUUUUGUUUGAAUGCCUAAGAAGUAUGGUUGUAUCGUUUGUACAUAGUGUAAAUACCUGGGAUAAAGUCAAGCUACUGUAUGUGCAUGACAAAAACGAACAAAGAUACAAAAAAAAAAGAGUUCAAAAGCAUU